AAAUAUUUUGUUUUCUGUGUCAUUAAAAAUAAAUAUAAAUUCUAAUAUAAGAUACACUAAAGCAAAGAAUUACAUAUCCACACUUAAAAGCUUACUGCAGACAUAACAAAGUAAAGAAUUUGAAGAUUAAAGACUUCAAGUACUGAAUAUAGUACGUAUGUAUGUAUACGAAAAAGCUAGCACCUAACAAGAACAGCAGCAAAAACAAAAAGUACAAAAAUGAAACAAGAAAAAGGAAAAAAACAUAACAACAACAACAAUAACAAAAAACGCUUUCAAUUUAACAUACGAAACUAAGCCAGUGCGCGCUGUGAAAUGAUACAAUUCGUAAGAAGUGUAGCAGCAACAACAAAUUAACAAAUAAAAAUUUUAAAUUAAAUAAAGAGCAAAGUGACGAAAUACAGACAAACAAAAGCUGACAAGAUACAUUACUACAUUCUAGUCAAAUCCGACAGUAGCAACAGCCAAACGCACACACAUUUGCAUACAACAUUGUAUUUGGGCGCGUAUUCACAUAUGCACAUAUCUACGAGCAUAUUUACAUAUCUACAUAUCUACACGCACACACUAAGGUGUCGAAGAAUUAGUCCAUAUGUAUGUAUGUAUGUAGCUGCGCACAGCGACGCCUUGAGUAGCGGGUGGAUAAGUAAGCAGCGAAUGCGUAAAAGGUGAAGACACUUGCUGGGUUAGCUACACAUAGGCCUCUAUUGAGAUAUACGAGUAUGUUAACCGGCAAAUGCGAGUACUUCAUAUUAUUGUGCUUUGUUGCGGCUUAAAAUAAUAUAAAAUAAAAAAAUAUAAAAUAAAAUAAAAGCAAUAACAACAACAAAAAAUAAGGCGAAUAAAACGACUUUAGCAUAAGCGGACCAAAAACGGCAGCGGCAGCGACAGCGACGUCAAAUUGCAUAGUUAGGCGACGUUUAGCGCUUACAAACUUACGUACGCACACCCUUCGAGCAUAAAAUUGCAACUACAAGCAAAAACAAUUGAAAAGUGUAACAAUUGCCGCGCAUCAUACACAAUCCACUAGUGUACACACACACACACAUAUAUACGCGCGAGCAACAGCAGCCCACAAAAAUUAACAUCUUUUACAACAAAUUCGGCGCAUACAUCUCCUCACCCCACUCCCACCCAAAUGACCCACUCGACAAACUUAGCUAACGAGCAGCAAAACCAAAACACAUUACAGAAAUCAACUCAACUCAACUCACCGGCAAACAGUCGAAAUUCACUUUAACGAGCAGGCGGACGAACUCUUACAUACAACCCACUAGCUAGCGACGACCGACCGACCAACAUAGCCGGCUGGCUAGCCAACCAUCCACCAGCCCAACGCAUGCGGCGGACGCGCGCGCUCGGGCAUUAGCCAAGAAGCCGAAAAAAAGGCGAGCGGCAACGAAGCACGCGUCACGACGCGUCGAGUUAGAGAGUGCGCGAGCGGUGAGGUGGUGCGUAAAUACACGCACGCACACAUAGACAGACCACCAGCAAGCAACCCACUAAAUUGCCAAACUGCCAAGCAUUGUGUGAGCAGUGGUGACGCUGAGCGGUGAUGCUGGUGGUGGUGGUGGUGCGACGACGACGUUGUGUUUAUGUGGAGCAAAUGCUAAUGCUAAGCGCUGAGCGUGGAGCGUGAAACGUCUGCGUGUGUAUGGGUGUGAGUUUGCGUGUGUGUCUGUGGUUUGCCGCAUCGGAGCAGCUUGCCGUCUGAUAAUUCAUUAGUAUGCCGACGCGUUCCAAGCGGUACGGUGCGUUUCACAAACGGGGUACGAACAGUAGUAGCAGCAGCAGUGCCAGCAGCAGCAGCGACAGACGAAGAAUCCGAGUGGCAGACAAGUGACACAGGCAAAGUCAAAUUGAAAUUGUACAAGUCAAAGUCGAAAGCGAAAUUAAAAGCCAGCACAGUAACAACAACAAAACGACAAUUGUUUCAUACAAUACAAAGCGCUAACGAAGAACGAACGAAUUUUCAACAGAAAUUAUAACGGAAAAUUACUGAAAAAAAAACAAAUAAUCGAAAUAUAUUUGCGUUUAAAGCCUGGUGUUUACGAAGUUUAAUCUAUUUUUUUUAAUUGAAAAAUCUUUUAAAAGUGCAAUUCGCACUGGUGUGUGUUUGUGCAAGGCGUGCUUUAGUGAAUACGCUUUUAUUGUUUUUGUUGGUGUUAAAGCCUACUUUUCAACAGCUCCGCGCGCUGGCAAACGCCUAAGCGGCCAAGACACGCGACUCAAGUGGCAAACGCGCGCGCACGCGGCUUAAAAGCGAACGAAGCGCAGAUAAUUGGACAGCGCGUCCAGGUCAAGCGCGCCCUGCCGCCCCAAAGUGGAUGUGUCAAAAUUAUUAUAACCAGUAAAAACGCUAAGGUGUGCAGUGUUUCAAGUGUGCGAAGAAUUUUUAAUGCAGAUGUGAAACGCGUAAACGCCUGACGUUAUAAAAUUUCGAAAAAAAUACGAAAAAUUUUCCAAAAAUAAAAAAAAAAAAUAUUAUGAAACAUAAAAUCGCAAAUCACAACGCUUGUGUGUAAUUGGCGCUAAAUUUUCUGUGCAAAAAAAGAAAAUUAGUGUUCAAAAGUGAAUUUCGAAAAUUUUGUCCCGAAUACAAAAAUUUUAACUUAGAAAUUCCAAAACAACAACAACAACAAAAAAGUGUUUGUGUAAAAAAUCCAUAUAUGUUAUUUGCAUUAUAUCAAUACGAAAGCGCUCGAAACUCGUGAGGCAAAGGAAAAAGCAAAGUGCAAGCAACAACAACAACAACACGCGGAAUUCAUAUUAGCAAUUUGUUUGUGUUUGUGUGUGUAAAAAUAAGAAAAGGCAACCGACGAGUUGCGAGCAAAAAUGUCACGCGUUAAGCGUUUUUGUGAAAAUGUGAAAAUUCGAAUGAUUUCCCGCAAGUGUCUGCUCACUGCAGUGUUUUGUGCAAUUGUAUAAUCAUUUGGCACCGAGAGUCGCCAGCAAAUAUUCGGCAAACAAAUUCGAAAAUACAAAAUUGUUUUGUAUAAAAGCAAAAGUGGCUUCUGUGGGCCGGAAAAGUGUAAAACAAAUUCAAGAAAUAUUAACUAACGUUUAGCCUGCCACGCGCAACCGACAGCAGCGGCGUAAAGGGAAAAAGUUUCCACUCGACUACAGCUCCGAUUUCAUUAACGCGCGAUUCACGCUUCACUUUGGCGCGCCGCCACCACGAACUGAUUUCAUUUAAAUUAGUUUUACUUUCGGGUUUUCGAGGCUUUUUUGGUGCACUUUUCGUUUUCGUUGUUUUCGUUUUUGCUUUUUUUUUGUAAUUUUCUCGAUACAAAUUUUCAGGAAUUUAGGUUAAACAGGUUUAGCACUUGUUGCUCACCCAGUCGUGCAUACAUAAGUGUCCACGUGUACAUAUGUAUGUAACCACAGAUUAUACAAAGUAACGCUGGUAUUGCAUGUAUCUGCGUCACAUUUUCGCUGCACAAAGUUCGGUCGUUCAUUAGGCGGCGACGGCAGCCCAGUCACUCAAUGAUUUGUGCUGCGACUCAGUCAUUCAUUUCGACAAUACUUGAAUGCACAAUUGACCGACUGCCGGCAGCUCUCAACUCACAGAUCACAGCUGACUGCCUAACCGGCUAGCCAGCAGUGCGGUACCACCUUCCGUGCCACACAUGCAUGGCUUGAGUGUGUGUUUAUGUGGCUGUGUGCGCCUGCCGCCCCUCCCAGCGCAUUUACAGUUCAUAAAAUGUUGGUCAGUAAGUGAAGGUAGACAAAGCACACAAUUCAUUUACGAGUAUUUCUUGUAGCAAGUGUGUGUUGCUGUUAUUGUUGUGGCAUGCUGCUUGCUGCUUGCUGCCGGUUGCCAGUUGCCAUUGCGUUUGUUCCGCAAUUUCAUUUGUCUCGAUUUUUGGGCAAUUUCCGAGCGAUUACUAUAAUUAAAUGCGUACAAAACGAGGAAAUUUGUGCAGGCAUUAUAAUUAGGCGGCUGGCCGAGCCAACGCUGUACUUAUGUGUGCGGGCAAACAUACAUAUACAUAUGUAUAUAUGCAUGUUUACAUAAGUACAUACAUUUAAGUGUUUUUUUUAUUUGAAUUUUUUUGGAUUUCAUGCUUUUUGGCUUCGGUUUUGCUGUAUAUACAUAAGUGUGUGUUGCAGGCGCUGAGCUGGAAACAAGUGCAUGUUGCAUGUUGCAUUUAGCUUGAUUACUUUACGCCAAAUUGACCCCAAAGCUUGUGCUCGGUCUAAUUUGAUAAUUUAAGGUUAUCGCUUCAUUUACAUUCACACACACACACACACACGUAUGCAAAUACUAACAUACAUACACACAAACAAAUUGAAUGUGAGUAGUAAUGGCUUUAAGACCGCCGCUGCGGCGUUGACGUUCUUCCAAUCAGCUGUGUUGUUUGCUUUUGAAUUAUUCUGCUUUUUAACUCAUUAAACGUAGGCGUGGCACUCUUCGUUUGACCGAGAACUGUCAGAACAGUUAGUGAAAGGAUUUGCUGUCAGUACUUCACAAUUCACUUCAAAAUUAUAUAUUUCCGCAGAUUUGAACAGGGGAAAGCAGUUAAGGCCAGAAAUCAAGGUUGAUUUUAAUUUGUUUUUUUUUUUUUUUUUUUUUUUUGUAAUUUUUUGAGGAAGGAAAGUUUGGUCUGAUUUUUUUUUUCGUAGUUUGUCAAAUAGUACACACCCUUAACUUUAAAGUAGAACCUUGUUCGACGUUGUUCAUAACUUAUGAAGGCUGGUAAUGCGAUAAUAACAAAAAAUAAUUAAAAACAAUUAUUCUAUUAUCGAUAUAAGGUGUUCUUGAUAUUCAGAUGUCUAAUGUCCUUUUCAAUAUUUCAUAUGUUCAUAAUAUAAAUAUUUUACAUUCGACCUUUCGACCUCUGUAUACCCACUGCUAGUUGAAAAAAAAUGCUUCUUUGUCCAUUAAACAUACUAAAACACCUACUAAUAUUGCCUCACUACUUUCUUUGAAUUCUAUACAACAACACUCAACGUCGCCCAGAUAAUAAUUUUCUACUUAAAUCCACUUAAUUUACGCUUUAUGGUUGCCACCUAAAAGCCCAAUUAACUUAACAAAAGCAAUUUAUUAAAUUAAAAGACACACUUUAAAAGCCAUUUGUGCGCGAACAAAUAAAAAAAUAAUAAAUUUAUAAAACGCAACUGAUAAACCACGCAACCCGCAAGCGUAAAAAAUUCAACGAAACUCAUAAAAAAUAUAAGGAAACUAUUUAAUUCGAGUGGCAUUCGACGAUUGCGUGCGCGCAUGACAACAUGUUAAUUAAAUUGUCGCGGUUUAUAGGCAACAACAACAAGAGCAAAAACAAUUUGUACGCGGUUGUAGCGCUUUUGGGUGUCACACACACCUCCUUGCUGCAUUUGCCGGGCUUCCUGCCUGCCCUGUCGUGCCUAAUUUACAGUUGCACGCUCGCUUUUCGGCUUUAAUUGAAGUUUAAUUGCUUGCAGGCAAAUAAAAAAGCGAUAAAUACAAACUUAAAGUGGAUUUUGAUUAAUUUGUAUCGUUGCAAUAAAUAAAGGAGCCACCAGUUAUUGGCGUGGGUGGGGGAGUACAGAGAAUGCCGCGUAAUUUUUGAGCGCGGAUGGUUUUAAGUGCUUGAAGUGGCAACUGCGGCCACUUGAGCUUUAAUGUUGAACUAAAGGCCAAUUACAUGGCCACUUUUGUACUCGUACAAAUGCAAAAGUGGGUACUUAGGUGUUCGAAAAAUUUGGGCAAAUUGUAUUAAAAGUUAAUUUGUUUUUUAAUUUCUUCACUGUGAGGCGCUUAAAUGUGUUUUAGUGGUUUCACUGUGUCUUCUUUUUCAAAAUUGUUGUUUUUAUUUUUUGUAAAUUUCGUGGUUCGUGCGGUGCGUUUUGGCGACGCGCCGGCGCACGUUUGCCGCAUAAAACCGGCAAAGUUUUCGUGUUUUUUUAGCCAAACACUCGACAGAGCAACAGCAAAGUGUCGCCAAAAGUGAAGCCUACAAGUGGUGUAAUAACAAACUGCAACAACAAAAGCAACAACAUAUAACCAAAAGCACGCGCAAAUUACAACUCGAGACUCUGGCGUCUUUUUCCAUUUUCCAAACGGUGUUUUAAUAUGCAUUACAUACAACAACAACAGCAAUAAACAACAACUACAUACAUUAAAAUCGUGUACAAUUAAGUAAAGUAAUAGUGAUAACAGUCAAAUCAUCAAUCGAAUAGCAAACAAACAACAAAUAGUGCUUAGUUGCAGCGUAAAGGCGCAUGCGCGCAAACAUCAAUUGGCAACGCCAACGUCUGAUGCCGAUGCGUUUGACAAAUAAAUUACGCCAUCGUUGCAUGAAUAUUAUGGCCAGACGGUCGACAUCUAUGCAGAAUGAGAAAAAAUGCAUUAUCAACGAGGAAGACGAAGAUGAAAAUCAGCGACCAUUAAAAUUGUAUUGUGUAAAAUAUUGCAACAAUAUGGUGACCUAAAUUCUUGGUACACGAGGAAGAAAACAGUCAGCAACAGUAAAUUUCCAGUUCAAGAAAUCGAGUUUUGAAAAAAGUAAAAGUUAAUUGCAUUGAUUUAUUUUGUAUGCAAAAAGUUAAGCGACAAAAGAAAAAUUGCGUGCAAUAUAACUGUACAUACAUACAUAUAUAUAAAGUGAAUAAAAACGAGUACUGUGUAGCACAAGGUGUCAAUAAUAAAUAAUCAUUUUUGUCAAUUUAAAAAAAAUUAAAAACCUGCUAGCGAACUGCCCAACACACGAACCCUUUCCAGCAAAACCACAAAAAAACAACAAACGAAACGAGACUUUUGAGAGCAAGCCGAAUUGGAUUUAAAGAUUUUAAUACCGAUCAAAGCUGCGACAAGCUCAGUUUUUGCAUUGAGGACCCAGCUUAAGCGCCUCUCCCGCCCCAAACUGAAGCCAAGCGCAACCAAGGCGUCUUGCAACCCAUCACAAUUUUGUGUAAAAAUUUCCACUUUUACGCGCGUUUGGUUGUUGGCCAGCGUUAUUGGCUUAACGCCGGUUAUUUAUCUCGUUCAUGCGAAGGAAUUUACGUCUGUAUUGGAGGGCCCUAGCGCUGCUGGGUGCCCUCCUUUCGAUAAUCAUUGAUUGGCCGGGCAUGAUGGUGUGCGCGCUGCCAGCGACGUUACUGCAGCCAAACACAACAACAAGUGCGGCGAGAUUACAACAGCAGCACGCUCAUACAAUGGAUAAAUUAUUGGCGGCGAAUGCGACAUACGCCGCAUUUCAGAAUGCAACAAAUACAACAAACACCUACCGCAGCGAUAGUGUUGGUGAUGUUGUUGUCGCUGAUGGCGUGCCAGUUAAUGGCAAUUUCACAUUAAAUAUUAAUUUAAAUACAAAUCGAAAUAGUAGCCAUAACAGUAACUAUAGUGAAAGUGCGCAAGCGCACGAUGAGGAAGCGGCGGAUGCGACGACGGAACUGCCAAAAAGCCGUCAAGCGAAAAAUGCCACCACCAUUAUGGGCGCUAAUGUGAACAACAAACGCUCAGGUGGCAGCGAAAGUGUACGCCAAGCGGGCGCUGAUCAUGCGCCUGCGCAGCACGCACCACCAACCUUCAGCGACGAUCAGUUGCACAAUGCGCAACGCAUCAAAAUGCUGAAUUUGAUAUCAAACAAACGUAAGCGUAAAAAAUUCAGCAAUGCCGAUGAAGCGCAUGAGCUGACAAGCACAAGCAGCAGCAGUAGCAGCGGCGCAAACACCGAUCAACCGGCGACAACAACAGUUGCUGGUGAUCAUCAUACUACCACAACAACCACCGCCACAACACCACUUAGUUUUAGUGCAAAUAGUAUUAGCAAUAAAUAUUUAAUUACAAAUAAUAGAAAUACUAAUGAAAAUCUACAAAUGGCCGCGGCGCCAAUACGAACGUUAAACAAACUCGAAACUACUACUACAACAGCAACACCUAGUAUUGCUACUAGUUAUGUAAACUAUAUUGAAGAGCAAGUGCAAGCCACCAGCGAUGAUGCGCUCGAAGAUGAAGCGUCAUCAUUAGAUAAUAUGCUCACCAGCACGAGCGCCAGCGAUUAUGAGGAUCAGUUUGAGCGCGCUAGCCGCCCGAGCAUAUCCUACAACUCCUAUACAACAGCAUCGCCCGACGAUAAUGAUGGCGUUGGUGCAUUGCUGAACUCAGCAGCAGCGGCGGCAGCGGCACCGCCAUCAUCCGCCUUCACAUUCGCCUCAGCGCAUCACACCGCCAUACUAUUGUCGCGCACGGAGCGCAGCGUGCGCCAAUCCGCGCCCGCCUCAACACAAGCGGAGGUUAGCAGCGCGAGUAGACGCGCUGUACGCCAUCAUGGCGGCGCCAAUACUGGCGGCAUGGUGCGACGUUCCUCUGACGGUAGUCCGAAAUCGAGAAGACUGAACAAUUUUAGAAACUUAAAUGGCAGCAGGCACAUGCCCAACAAUUUGGAUCGCAACGAGCGCUCGACCAUCUCACACUUGUCGGGUUUAGCGCGCAAAAUCCAGAUCUACAUCAAGAAUCGCUUCAUACAAUUGCUGCCGGACGGUACGGUGAAUGGUACGCAGGAAGAACAAAGUGAUUACACCAUACUGCAACGUUCGACCGUCGAUGUGGGACGCAUCAAAAUCCAAGGCGUUGCCACCUGCCUGUAUUUGUGCAUGGAUGCAUGCGGCGCUGUUUAUGGCUCGAAAGAAUUCACCGACGAUUGUGUAUUCAACGAGAACAUGGAGCAGCACAACUACAACACCUAUUCAUCCACAUUCAAUUCGAAUGCGCGACGCGUCUACUACUUGGCGCUGAAUCGGCACGGCGAGCCGCGUAAACUGCAAAUACCGCCGACCCGCUCGCUUGGCAAACUAGCCACUUACACGAACGCCAUCACCGAAACGGUGGAUGAGGUACGCGUCGAACAGCUGAUAGCGAAGAAUUUCGGCGAGAAUCGCAUUAAGCACGGCAUACGCCAACUCUGUGAUACGGGCAAACCAUUGGUCGACCUGAUCGAUAGCAAACACUUCAAAGCGCUCCCCAAGUGCAAUCCAAAUUCUAGUAAUAACAAUAGUGGUAGCAAUAGUAAUAGUAAUAGUAGUAGCAAAAAGAGUAGCAGCAGCAGCAGAAGCAGCAGCGGCAGCGGAAGCAGCAGUAGUCCUGUAGUAGGUAGUGAUAGUGAUAGUCCUAGCGGUAGUAGUAGUAUUAGCGGCCAAUCAAUGAACAACGUUCCUGCUGCCAAUGAGAGAGGCGAGUCACAAAGCAGCACAGUCACAAAUAGCCAUAGCAAUCACAAUGGUCGUGGUGGCCAGCGGGGCGGAAAUGCGUCCAAUAGCUUGAGUAGUAGUAUUAGCAAUAGCUCGACGACGAGUAAUGGUGGCCAUACUAGCGGUAAUAGUAGUCAGAACGCGCUCAGCCAUCAGAAUCACAAUGGUGGUGAUGGCAAGAAGAAGAAGAAGCGGCGAAAGUGCCGACCGCACGAAAACGAGGAGGAGCAUAAUUGCCAAAGAAGCCCAUUAGCGCUGCGCAAGCGCGGCAAUAUUGCCAAUAAUAAGAAAUGUCGCGAGCAAUUGACGCUGCAGCGGCAGCAGAGAAGGCAGCUGAAAGCGAAGGGCGAAAAAGUACCCUUUAUGCCAUUACCAGCGGCAUGCAAGAAAAAGAAGAAUGGCGGCGGUGCCGGCGGUAAGAAAAAUCGCCAGAACCAAAAUCAGAAUGGUAACAACCGCAAUGGCGUUGGCGACGAUGACGCGGGCGCAAAUAACCGACGCGGCAAGAAGUUGAAUGCGAAUGCGCGGCAAGCAGGUGGCGUUGGUGACGGCGCGGAUAAUCGAAAUGGCGGCGCAAACCGCAAGAAAGGACGAAACGGUGGCGCGCAAGCGCAAAAGAAAUCGAAGAAGCAGACGCCAGCGAAAACUACAAGCACCACUACCACCAGCACUACGCAGGCGACCAGCAGCAGUACGGUUACGACUGCGGCAUCUACGACUACAACGCGCCAGAAUGCUGACAGCACAACAGUUGCGGCGGCGCUAUCAAUGCCACCCACCACCACUGAAUUGAGUAGCGCGGAAGUGGAGCAGAGCUUAGACCCGCGCGCUGAGGUGACAAGUGUGCGCGGCGAACGCGAGCGCGAACAACGCAAUGUGCGCUACACCAACUCGAUGGAGGACGAUGCGCGGCAAGCGAGCGCGGCGGCGGCGACGGCUGUGGCGGCUGAAAAUAGCAGUUCGCACGAAGAAUCCACAGAGGCGGAAGCCAGUGAGGAGGAGGAGCACAGUGAAGACGUUGUCGGCACACUUACUGGCGCGUCGGAUGAAGAGGACGCCGACGACGAUGGUGACGAAAUGUACGAUGAAAGUGAGGAGAGCGUGGCGGCGGCGCCGCCUGCUUCAUCGGCAGCUGCAACCGCCUCACUCGCAACGAGCGGUGGCAAAGCGGCGAUGGCGCGUGCGCAUAUACUCGGGGAUGCAGACGAUUUUCUAUACUACGAUCAAUUCGAUUUCCUACCAAUUGGUCUAUGGAAAUUACUUGCGUUGUACUGGCUGACACACUGGGCGCUACGGCGGCAGACGUAACGAAUAUUUGGCUAAAUUAUAAAUAACAAUUUGAAAAGCUAAAGUUGUAAACAUAAAGCAAUGAAAUUCUAAAUUUACACAUAACAUACAAACACGUCCAUAAGUAGCGCAAUUGUUUCCAUUGUAGUUGUAAUUGUAGUUGUAAUUGUAGUGCUAUUGUAAUAUUGUACCGAUUACCCGCUACCCAUUUGCCAUGUCACUUUGUCCAAGUAGGAUGCUGUACUCAUUGAUUUAAACACAUUUUAUGAAAUUAAAGUAAAUUAGUCAGCUCGGCAUUCGCCAAUAUUAGAAUUUGGAGAAAUUAAAAAAGAAAAUAAUCGAAAUCUCACAUCUUCACAAUAAAAGCUCGCACAUUUUCUGUUAAAUUUUCGUUAUAAACUUUUUUAAGUAAUUUCGAAAAGCACGAAAAUGCAAGCGAUGCUAACGGUGAAUUUAAGAAAUGAGCGUUUAAAUUUUAGCACCAAAAUUUACAUACACACGUUCUACUUACCAUAAGGUUCAUACAAAGAAGCUAACUAGUAAAUUCUACUAUAUAAAAUAUAUUAAUAAAUAGAAGUUAGAUUUAAACUAUAAUAAAAUAGCAUACAAAAUAAUUAUAAAUAUUAUAUUAUAUAUAUAUAAUAUAUUUAUGUUAUAAACUAUGAUGGUUCCUGCAUAAGCAAAAACAAAAAGUAAAUGUACCAUUACUUUAGUUUGCUACUUAGCCUUGGUUCGAUAGUUUUAAAGCAUUUUGUAAAUAUUUCACACACUCAUAUACACGUAUAUUUAGCAACAGUUAUGUAAGCUCUAAAUAGUUACUAAUUCUAAUAUUUCUAAUAAUUAGAGUAAAUUAAUUAUAAAAUCC